AUGUCUUCACUCCAAGAUCAACUAGCUCAGAUAUCAACAAAUAAUGCUACUGUAGCUCUUGAUAGAAAGAAGAGACAAAAGCUACAUUCGGCGUCAUUAAUAUAUAAUCCCAAAACCGCCAGUACUCAAGAUUAUGAUUUCAUUUUUGUAAAUGCACUGGAUUCCUUCAGGGAAUUGGUUGAAGUGGACCCAAAAUUUGAAAUAUUUUCAAAGACAUUAUUUUCCGAGACAUCAAUGUCGAUAGAUAGAAAUUUGCAAUCAAAGGAAGAGGCUUCCAAUUUGGAUGGCAUAAUUAACGCGUACCUCAUGCUUAUUUCGUCUAGAUGGCAUCUAGCCCCCACAUUACAUGCUACGGAAUGGUUAGUGCGUCGUUUCCAAAUUCAUAUCUCUAAUGCGGAAACAUUUUUACUUUCAACUAUCAAUUACUAUCAGACACCAAUUUUUAAAAGAAUUCUGAAUCUAAUAAAAUUACCGCCGCUUUUCAACUCGCUAUCAGGUUUUGUAAGAAGUGAGGCAAACCCUUCAAAUAUGACUAUUGUUAAAUUGUUCAAUGAUAUGGACUUUUUGAAGUUAUAUUGCAGUUAUUUCAGCAAGUGCAUUAAGCAGAAAGCCACUUACACAAAUCAGCUAUUAUUUACUUCAUGUUGCAUUAUCAACUUAAUAGCUUCCAAUUGCAAAAAUGAAACGAAGUUGAAUGAAUUGGUUCCUAUCAUCUUGGAAAUGUCUGCGAAAUUACUAGCUUCUAGCUCAGUCGACUGUCAAAUUUCUGCGCACUGUAUAUUGGCCGUGUUUGCAACAGCACUCCCAUUGAAGAAGGAAAUAAUCAUGGCUGCUAUUGAGACAAUAUUAUCAAACUUGGAAUCCGAAAAAGCUAAAAAGUCUGCUCUAGUAACAAUAUGUAAGCUCACACAAACACUGAAAGGGCAAGGAAAUGUGGACCAAUGGCCUGCUAGAAUCUACAAACUGUUUGAUUCUAGAUUCAACAUAGAUGAAUUUGCAAAGUUUCUUAUUAAAACUGAUUGUCCGGCUUGUGAUAAAUUUACAACAUCUUAUAUUCGUUCAGUUGCAAGAUAUGAUCAGACAAAGCUAACAUCAGUUGUGAAUCUGCUGGAAAAUUCGAAAUUGGAAAAGUUUGAAGUGAGACUUAUUAUUACCGAUUUGAUUCACUUAUCAGAGAUUUUGGAAGACAAAUCUCAAUUGAUUGCUCUAUUUGAGUAUUUUGUGUCAAGAAAUGAGGAUUUGGUACUGAAGUGUAUCAAGGCCCUAAACAUUAGUCGUGAACUUUUCGAAAUCAAAUUAACAACCUCUCUUUUCACCAAAAAUGAGGAAGCAUCGGAAAAUGAUGUUAUGAAGGCUCUAUCUAUUGAAAAGGUUGCUAAUAGGAAUACCCAAUCUUUGUCUUUCAAAGAUUUUUUCGAGAAAAACUCCACGGCCAUAUAUACGAGCGAUAGGUCUCUGUUAUCUGAGUCCGAUAAGUCAUUUGUCAGGCUGUUACCACUAUUCGUUGAAUCAGUUAGCAAGAAUUUUCCAACUGGCUUAUUUUUAUCAUCAUUUUUGACUACGCUUGAAGCUAAGAUUACUUUCCUAUUGAGAAUAACGGUCUCCCCCGCAGCACCCGUGGCUUUGCGACUGCUGUCAAUAACCCAACUAUUUAAGUUUAUCAAUCAAAUCGAUAGAGAAUCGAAUGUCUUCACUUUAGUACCAUGUCUCGUUUGUGCACUCAGUGAUGUUUCCAGAAAUGUUAGAAGCGGUGUAAAAAAGCUUCUUCUUCAAAUUUCCAAGAGGCCGUUCACGAAGCACUAUUUUAUGGUGAAGAGACUAUACGGGGAAGGUAAAGAAAUUCCAAUGUUAAAUCCGAAGGAUGUUGAAAACUGGCUAACCGGCUUUUUGAAUGAGUAUAUUGUUGAUAACUGCGAAAUAGCAAACAUCGUUAUUCCAAAAAAGAAUGAAAAGGUUUACUUACUCUUCUGGGCGCAACAGGCCUUAGCAAUGCCUUUGCCUUUGCCAAAAAUGAUUAUGUGGCGCACACUCAAAGAACACCCCACUUAUUCUGGUUUGCACUGUACCAUAUUCGAGGACUUCUUUUCAACCUAUUUGAAUUCAAGAACUGAAUGGAAAGAGCGUUGCAAGGACAACAAGACCGACUUUGUAAAAUUCGAAAAAACUCUGGCAGAACUGAUUUCCCCCAAAGGAGCUCCUGAAUUCAUCAUAGAUUUCAUUAUCAAUGCUCUUAAUUCAAAUUUUGAAUCUUUGGCCAAUAUAGUUGCUGAGAGGCUUGUGACAAUUUUUGCUUCCUUAAAGAGCAACCAACAACUUCAAAUUCUGCAAAGCACUUUAGAAGCUGCAGCGGAAGGAAAUCAAUGCUACGAUGUAGUUGGCACUCUCCAAUCGUUGGCGUUGAGCACUGAGACUUUCGUUUCCAUCCUUAAUAAGAACAGAAUUCAUACUGACAGUGAGGUUGCCGAACUCUCGAAAAGAAGAAGAAGACGGUCUUCAACGAAUAAAGCGGUUUUACAGAAAGACGAAGUUUCUCAGCUCGCGGAAAUACAUUUAAGAAAGCUGGCCAUUAUCUUGGAAAUGCUAGAUAAAUCAAAGGUUGCCGGUAGUACUACACUGUUAUCAACUUUACUCUCGCUGCUCUCAGACCUUGAGACAUUAGAGAGGGAUGGUGGAUUACCAGUAGCUUAUGCUCAGGAAACUUUGAGUUCCUGUAUGCUAAAUACUAUCAAUUCUCUGGAAGAAAAUAAGGGAACAAAGCUUAAGAACGUCAGAGCCGAUGUAGUUGUCUCCGCUAUAAGAAGCUCCUCGUCACCGCAAGUCCAAAACAAACUGUUGUUGGUCGUUGGAGCGUUGGCAAGCCUUGAUUUAGAAACUGUCCUGCACUCUGUCAUGCCGAUCUUUACUUUUAUGGGUGCCCAUAGUAUACGUCAGGAUGACGAAUUCACAACACACGUAGUGGAAAAUACAAUCAAGACAAUCGUCCCAGCAUUACUGGCAGGUAGUGGUGAAGAUAUCUCGAAUGAAACGGAAUUUUUGUUGAUGAGCUUCACAACUGCUUUGCAACACGUUCCAAAACACAGAAGAGUCAAACUGUAUGCUACUCUAGUUAAGGCCUUCAACGCCUCUACGGCUAUAGCUCCCUUCUUGUUUUUAAUCCUGCAGCAAUAUUCCACUAGUAUCACCAGUUUCAAGAUAAGCGAGGGGAGAAGUUUCGUUGAGUUUACUAAAUCUUUUCUCACUAAUUUUGACAUCUUAGAGCAGUUGAAUGGUUGGAAUAAAUUUUUGUCCUUCUUCAAAACCCUCAUUGACAUCAAAAAAGAUCCAGAGCAAAAAAGUGGUGCAAAACCUCGAGCAUUGUUCACCAACGGUAUACUAAAUUUAUCGAGAACAGAAUUACUGACAUUAAUUCGUAAUGGUUUCAAUUUUAUCGACAGAUGCCUGGAAGAAACUGAGGUUGGAUAUUACGAUAUUAAUGGAAGCUUCAAGGUUAAACUAUACUCUUCGUUACUGGAUACCACAAAUGAACCCAUUUUUAUUAAUAAUGUCCGAUCAAGUUAUGGACAGCUCUUGCAAUCUAUUUUGAGUUUCAUCAACAGUUCCAACGAGUCUUUUUCGCUUUCGAACUCUGAUGAAAUGGAAUCAUCUUCGGAAAGUGACAAUUUCCACGAGAUUGACGAGAUUGACGAUGUAAAAAAUGUCUUAUUCCAUCUAUUAAGUCAUAUUUUAAAUGUUCUACCAGUUGAAGAUUUCGUUGAUUCUGUCCUUCCAUUAUUGACUGACAGUGUGAACGCGGAUAUAAGAUAUCACUUAACGUUGGUAAUCGGUACUAAGUUUGACGGUGAGGGACUUGAAGCGGCUUCCACAGCCAGCAAAGUCGUUGAGGUUCUUUUGGAAAGAAUAUCGACCGAGAAGGCUCAUUCAAAUAUCGUUCAAGUUUUAUUUAAUACUGUUGGUUCUUUGGUAGCUAAAUUUGGCUCUUAUUUAGAGAACGCAUUAUUAGUCAAGGCUUUAGAUUUUGCUACAAAGGAACUCGAUUCUCCGGAACCGGAAUUGCUGGUCUCCUCUUUGACGGUAGUGACAAGCAGUAUUGAAGCAUUGGGCCCAAAAUGCAUUGCGUUCUACCCAAAAAUCGUUCCACCAUCGAUCAAAAUUUUCGCACUGUCCCAACUAGAUGAUAUUGAAUUGAAAGAGCAACUACAGUUAUCUAUUUUGCUGUUAUUUGCUGCUAUGAUUAAACGGAUUCCUAGCUUUUUAAUGUCGGACUUGGCCAGCGUUCUCAAGAUUACUUUUCUGGCCAAUGAAAUUGAACCUGCUUCUAGGUUGUCUGUCAUUUCUCUAAUAAUAGACAAUAUUGAAUUAAAAGAAGUUUUGAAGGUAUUAUAUAAAUUGUGGACUUCCUCUGAUGAAGUAAGGGAAAGUUCAAUCGCUGUUUCUCUAUUUCUGAGUGCUCUAGAAUCAACCGUUGAGUCUAUCGACAAGAAGUCUGCCACUUCGCAAUCACCUAUUUUCUUCAAGCUUCUAUUGCAUCUAUUUGAAUAUCGAUCGAUUAGCAGUUUUGAUAAUAAUGCCCUGAAUAGAAUUGAAGCGUCAGUUUACCAGAUUUCCAACGCAUACGUUUUAAAAUUGAAUGACAAAGUGUUCAGACCCUUAUUUGUUAUAUUAUUGAGAUGGACAUUUGACGCUGAGGGUGUUACCAAUAGAGCUAUCACUGAAGUUGAGAGAUUGACCAGCUUUUUCAAGUUUUUCAAUAAGCUGCAAGAAAACUUGAAAGGAAUCAUAACAUCCUAUUUUACUUAUCUCAUUGAACCAGUCAACAAAUUAUUGCAAAGGUUUAUAUCCCGGGAUAUAGUUGACGUCAAUUUACGUCGUUUGACACUCAAUUCUCUGACUUCAUCCUUUAAGUACGAUAGAGAUGAAUAUUGGAGGUCUACUGCACGUUUUGAACUAAUAUGCGAAUCACUUGUAAAUCAAUUGUCCAACAUAGAAGACGUCGUCGGUAAAUAUUUGGUCAAAUCCAUAGCAUCAUUAGCCUCUAACAACAGUCGCGUAGACGAACACAAUAGGUUCAUGCAUAAACUAUUAAUGGCCCACAUGAUUGCAACCUGUAGAUCGAGCGAAAAAUUGUGGACCAUCAAGACUUUUAAACUCAUUUAUUCUAAGGUAGGUGAAAGUUGGUUGUCUUUAUUACCACAAUUAGUGCCAAUUAUUGCCGAGCUACUUGAGGAUGAUGAUGAAGAGGUGGAACAUGAGGUGAGAUUAGGGCUUGUGAGGGUGGUUGAAAAUGUUCUGGGUGAACCGUUUGAUAGAUAUCUCGAUUGA